UUCUAGUGACUCACCCAUCUCUGAGACUGUUUGAACGAUGUGUGUGAAGUGCUAUUCCCAGACAAAGGGCUGGAGAAAUCCGAGACGCUAACUAAAAAAUUGACAUCACUUUUCCUCCUGUAGGCUGGUAGGAGAAGAAAAUGACAGCGUGGAAGGCCAAGCAGAGGACCAUUAGUUUUCCUUUGCUGAUUUAGUUUCCUCAUUUUGGGACCUUCCUGGAUGAAGCUCAGUUUGUCCAUCUGUGCAAGGGGAGUGUGGGUUUCUUGCCGUUAGGUGGAGCCAGAGGUUAAGCUAGUGCUUGGAGAUCCCUGCCUGCCUGCAGAGCCAACCCCCAGGGUGGAGAACUGACAGGUGGCCGAUUGGUGCUCGGGCUGGUUUGGGGCCUCGGUUCAAGUUGCACACAUGCUGAGCCGGCAGUUAGAAGGAGAAGCCCGAAAGAGCCUAUCACAUGCAGCUGGGAGUUGUUUAUUUCCUGGCCUGAGGUUGCCGAGACUAUUAUCGAGCUGUAUUGAAUAUGUCUCUAUAUUAAUUAAAACAGCAGCUGGGAUAAAUAAUGCACCUUUUGCUGGAGCUGCCACAGGGACUGCAGGCUCAGGCUUCUCAAGCUAGCUCACCACCGGCUUGAGCGACAUGAUGUCAGCCGGCGGAAGGAACUUAGACACCCUGGAAAUUGAUGCCUCGGAGAGAUUUUCUCCAGAGGGGGUGCAAGGUCUUGCUAGGGGAGCAAAGGACUCUGUUAUGUUGAAUAAAGCCUGUAUCCUAUAGCAGCAGCCACUAAGGAGCUCAUCAGAAUAAGCCAAUGACAUUCCUCAUUUGGCCUGAGCGUCUCAGAGUCAGGAAGUCAGAGCGCAGAAAAUCCAGCAGCUCUCAGAGGGCUCCAUGUUCGGCCACGGCCUGAAGCACCUGUUCCACAGCCGGCGCCGGUCGCGGGAGAGGGAGCACCAGGCGUCUCAGGAUUCCCAGCAGCAGCAGCAGCAGCAGCAACAGCAGCAGCAACAGCAGCAGCAGCAGGGUGUGUCCGACCAUGACUCCCCAGACGAGAAGGAGCGUUCCCCUGAAAUGCACCGUGUCUCCUACGCCAUGUCCCUGCACGAUCUGCCUGCCCGGCCCACCGCCUUCAACCGCGUGCUGCAGCAGAUCCGCUCCCGGCCCUCCAUCAAGCGGGGUGCCAGCCUGCACAGCAGCAGUGGGGGCAGCAGCCGGCGCACCAAGAGCAGCUCCCUGGAGCCCCAGCGCGGCAGCCCCCACCUGCUGCGCAAGGCCCCCCAGGACAGCAGCCUGGCCGCCAUCUUGCACCAGCACCAGUGUCGGCCCCGCUCCUCUUCCACCACCGACACGGCCCUGCUGCUGGCCGAUGGUAGCAACGUGUACCUCCUGGCCGAGGAGGCCGAGGGCAUCGGGGACAAGGUGGACAAGGGAGACCUUGUGGCCCUGAGCCUUCCCGGUGGCCCCGGCCAUGGGGACAUUGAUGGCCCCAUCAGCCUGGACGUGCCUGACGGGGCCCCGGACCCCCACCGCACCAAGGCCGCCAUCGACCACCUGCACCAGAAGAUCCUCAAGAUCACGGAGCAGAUCAAAAUCGAGCAGGAGGCGCGGGAUGACAACGUGGCGGAGUACCUGAAGCUGGCCAACAACGCGGACAAGCAGCAGGUGUCGCGCAUCAAGCAAGUGUUCGAGAAGAAGAACCAGAAGUCCGCCCAGACCAUCGCCCAGCUACACAAGAAGCUGGAGCACUACCGCCGGCGCCUGCGCGAGAUCGAGCAGAACGGGCCGUCCAGGCAGCCCAAGGACGUGCUCCGGGACAUGCAGCAGGGGCUGAAGGACGUGGGCGCCAACGUGCGCGCGGGCAUCAGCGGCUUUGGGGGCGGCGUGGUAGAGGGCGUCAAGGGCAGCCUCUCAGGCCUCUCGCAGGCCACCCACACCGCUGUGGUGUCCAAGCCCCGGGAGUUCGCCAGCCUGAUCCGCAACAAGUUUGGCAGCGCGGACAACAUCGCCCACCUGAAGGACCCUCUGGAGGACGGGCCCCCCGAGGAGGCGGCCCGGGCGCUGAGUGGCAGCGCCACACUCGUGUCCAGCCCCAAGUAUGGCAGCGAUGACGAGUGCUCCAGUGCCAGUGCCAGCUCGGCUGGUGCGGGCAGCAACUCCGGGGCAGGGCCCACCGGGGUGCUGGGGAGCCCCAAGUCGAACACGUUGUAUGGGGCCCCUGGAAACCUGGACGCUCUGCUGGAAGAGCUGCGGGAGAUCAAGGAGGGACAGUCCCACCUGGAGGACUCAAUGGAGGACCUGAAGACUCAGCUGCAAAGGGACUACACCUACAUGACCCAGUGCCUGCAGGAGGAGCGCUACAGGUACGAGCGGCUGGAGGAGCAGCUCAACGACCUGACGGAGCUUCACCAGAACGAGAUGACCAACCUGAAGCAGGAGCUGGCCAGCAUGGAGGAGAAGGUGGCCUACCAGUCCUACGAGAGGGCUCGGGACAUCCAGGAGGCUGUGGAGUCCUGCCUGACCCGGGUCACCAAGCUGGAGCUGCAGCAGCAGCAGCAGCAGGUGGUGCAGCUGGAGGGCGUGGAGAAUGCCAACGCGCGGGCACUGCUGGGCAAGUUCAUCAACGUGAUCCUGGCGCUCAUGGCCGUGCUGCUGGUGUUCGUGUCCACCAUCGCCAACUUCAUCACGCCCCUCAUGAAGACGCGCCUGCGCAUCACCAGCACCGCCCUCCUGGUCCUUGUCCUCUUCCUCCUCUGGAAGCACUGGGACUCCCUCACCUACCUCCUGGAGCACGUGCUGCUGCCCAGCUGAGUGGCCAGCCAGUCCCUACCCCAUGCUCUCCUUGGCCCCCAGCUGGCCAUGCGUCUCCGCGGGGACCUUGGGACUCCAGACUCCCUUGGACUUCUUCAUAUGUCCGGUGUGGCCUCCUGCCCAAACUGUCCAUUCCAGCAGUUCCUACGCCUUCUCUGUUCUUGCUUCUGUCCAACGCCUUCUCCCUGUUGGCCUGAAGGGAGCCUUGAGGCAGCACUGACUGGAGGCAGUGGGGACAUCGGUGUCCCAAUGGAGCAGAGGAGGACACUGGGAUGGACUGUUUUGAUUAUUUACAGUCACACAAGGACUUCUCGCAGCUGACUUGGGUGCCGCCCGUCUGGAAGGCCAAUGAGAAUAGGAGCAGGAGAGGGCCAUGCGUCCGCUUUCCCGGGGAAGAGCCCACCCUGGUGGCAGCCACGCUCCCUCCUGUGGAGAUGGUCGGGAAGAAGACGAGCGCCAGGGGAGGCUCUGCUGGCCCCAGAGAGAGCAGCGAAGAGAGGGGGACGCUCCCCAGCCUUGGCCGGCUGCUGGGCCAAAGAGCUUCCUGCCUCCAGAGCUGGCUUGAGGCUGGGUUCUGGCUGGGAUCUUCUGGGAGCCGAAGGAUUCAGGUUCUGGAGGCCAGUGGGUGUGGCUUUGGGUUUGGGUUUUUCCUGUUAUUCUUUCUGCCCGUCACUGGAUCUGCUCUUUUCAGGGAAACAGGCCCCUAGGCCCCCGAUCCGCAGCCUGAGCCCUUAGGCCUCUGGGAGCAAGUUAGGUUCUAUUUAUUUAUUUAUUUGUUCCUUUGUACCUUAUCCCCACUGAGCUCCAGGGAGAGGUCUGCCCCUGUCCCCUCUCUGAAGCCAGGGCUUAUUCUUGGCUGUCAGGCACUUCCGUACCAUCUACCCUCCAGAUAAUCCUGGCUGGGAGGUGUGGGGUAAAGCCACCAGGCCCCUCUCCCAAGCAGCCCUGAGCCAGGCUGCAAGGAGCAAAGCCUCUCUUUUAUACAUCUAUUUAUUUUGUAUGUGUGUGUUUGUGUGGAGGAGGUUGUUUGUUGCUUUAUUUUUUUAAGGCUCUGGAGUGUUGUGUAUGGUUUCUCUUCACAUCCUCCCCUCCCCAUGGGGACUUCCAAGAAGAGAGGGGAUUUCUUGGAAAAGGAGAGAGAAAUCCCCUAGAAUAGGGGAGAGCAGUGGCUGCCAGCUGUUGUGGACCUUCCCGAGAAAUAAAUAUCCUCUAAAUUUUCAAACCAUU